AACGACGUUUAGUAAUACGAGCCCACAAGCUGGGAUCGUAGAUAAUUCUUACCUUGGUGGAAAUUGUAAAUCCAACCGUUCGAGCAACAACAGGAACUCCAUAAAAAGAAUUGUCAUCACUUAUUAAAUUAGGUUGUUAUUCAUCAGAGCAAGUGUGUUUUGUUGAAUAUGCUGCUUCAUCUGGUGCUUUUGGCGUUAGUCGCUGUCGGCACGAGUACGGCCGGUGGUAAAAAAUACGCCCUUUCCUCCAAAUUUAUCGAGGAAAUCAACACGAAAGCCACAACAUGGCGCGCCGGUCCUAACUUCCAUCCGGAUACGUCUCUCACAUACAUCCGUGGUCUGAUGGGUGUGCAUCCGGAUGCGGAUAAAUUCCGUGAACCCGAAUUACUUCACGAGCUGGAUGACGGAGACGAUCUGCCGGAAAGCUUCGACUCGCGCCAGCAAUGGUCCAAUUGUCCGACGAUUCGUGAAAUUCGCGAUCAAGGUUCGUGUGGCUCUUGCUGGGCUUUCGGCGCCGUAGAGGCUAUGUCUGAUCGUGUUUGUAUCGCAUCGGGCGGCAAGGUUCAUUUCCGCUUUUCGGCCGAAGACCUCGUUUCCUGCUGCCACACCUGUGGCUUCGGAUGUAACGGCGGGUUCCCCGGUGCUGCCUGGAGCUACUGGGUGCGCAAAGGACUGGUCAGCGGUGGGCCUUUCGGAUCGAAUUUGGGUUGCCAACCGUAUGCGAUUGCACCGUGCGAACAUCACGUCAACGGAACGCGUCCAUCUUGCGAAGGCGAAGGUGGAAAGACGCCAAAGUGCGUCAAAAAGUGCCAAGAGAGCUACAAUGUGCCCUACGCAAAAGACAAGCGAUUCGGGGCGUCCUCGUAUUCUAUCGCUCGCCAUGAAGCUCAAAUUCAGAAGGAAAUCAUGACGCACGGCCCCGUGGAAGGAGCGUUCACCGUUUACGAAGAUUUGCUACACUACAAGGAUGGAGUGUAUCAGCAUGUGACGGGAAAAAUGCUCGGAGGCCAUGCUAUCCGCAUUUUGGGAUGGGGAGUCGAGAAUGGCACCAAAUACUGGCUUAUUGCUAACUCCUGGAACAGCGAUUGGGGAGAUAACGGAUUCUUCAAGAUUCUGCGUGGUUCAGACCAUCUCGGUAUCGAAAGCUCGAUUUCGGCCGGCCUGCCAAAGCUGUGAAUCUGGGUUGAGCGUUUGAAAUUCACAUUCCAAAAAACACGGAUAUUAGCGGGUUUCGCUCGAAAAGGCUGAUUUUGCUGUAGAAAAUGCUAGAUUGUCAAAGGUUCAAUAAAGCCAGUCCCCCUGUCAUAUCUUCUCGAAACCCUAGAAUGAA